GGUGGCGAUACGUGUGAGUAUCUUCUGUCCAGUGGGAGAUUUCUUGGAGAAAAAGUAUGGCAACCCCACAGCUGUAUGAUGCAUAAGUAUAAAAAUAGUGAAGCAAAAAAUUGCCUCGUAGACAAACAUGUUGUGUUUAUAGGAGAUUCUAGAAUUCGACAGCUGUUCUAUUCAUUUAUAAAACUCAUAAAUCCUCAAGUCAAAGAAGAAGGAAAUAAGCAUGGCAAUAUCCCAUUUGAAGAUAAAUCUGCUUCAAUUAAAGUGGAUUUCCUGUGGUAUCCAGAAGUUAAUGGCUCUAUGAGACAACGUAUCAAAUCUUGGACUGAGAGUUCUGCAGCAAAACCUCAUAUAAUUGUAGCAGGAGCUGCCACGUGGUCUAUCAAGAUUCAUAAUGGCAGCAAUGAAGCCCUCACACAGUAUAAAAUCAAUAUCACUUCAAUUGCACCCCUUUUGGAAAAAUUAGCAAAAACUAGUGAUGUUUACUGGGUCUUACAAGAUCCCGUUUAUGAAGAUAUGCUGAGUGAAAGUCGGAAAAUGAUCACUAAUGAGAAAAUAGAUGCUUAUAAUGAAGCAGCUGUUCGUAUUCUGAACAGCAGCUCCCGAAAUUCCAAAGCUAAAGUUAAAGUGUUCAGUGUAUCAAAAUUGAUAGCACAAGAAACUAUCAUGAAGUCUACAGAUGGCCUGCAUCUCCCUGAAUCAAGCAGAGAUACAAAUGCGAUGAUUCUUAUGAAUGUCUACUGCAAUAAGAUAAUGAAGCCCAUUGAUGGCUCCUGCUGCCAGCCUCAGCCUCCUCUCACUCUGAUACAGAAGUUAGCUUUCUGUUUCUUUACUUUGUCCAUUAUUGGAUAUUUAAUUAUCUGUUUAAUUCAUCGGAAUAAUUAUCAGAAGAGCAAAUCAUGCACUGAUUUGGAAAGUGGAGAGGAGAAGAAACCUGCUAUCAGCACUCCUGUUUCUACUUUAGAGAUUCUCUUACACUCCUUCUGCAAACUUGGUCUAAUCAUGACCUAUUUUUAUCUGUGUGACAGAGCAAAUCUUUUCAUGAAGGAAAAUAAAUAUUACACACAUUCAUCUUUCUUCAUACCAAUCGUCUAUAUCUUGGUUUUGGGGGUAUUUUAUACUGAAAAUACCAAAGAGACUAAAGUGUUAAAUAGAGAACAGACUGAUGAAUGGAAGGGCUGGAUGCAACUUGUUAUUUUGAUAUAUCAUAUCUCUGGAGCAAGCACUUUUUUACCUGUGUACAUGCACAUUCGAGUUCUGGUUGCUGCAUAUCUGUUCCAAACAGGUUAUGGGCACUUCUCAUAUUUUUGGAUAAAAGGGGACUUUGGUGUCUACAGAGUUUGUCAGGUUUUAUUUCGUCUCAAUUUCUUGGUUGUGGUACUGUGCAUAGUGAUGGACCGACCUUACCAGUUCUACUACUUUGUGCCAUUAGUGACUGUCUGGUUUAUGAUCAUUUAUGCCACCUUAGCUAUAUGGCCUCAGAUAGUCCAGAAAAAAGCAAAUGGAAACUGCUUGUGGCACUUUGGUUUACUGCUGAAACUGAUUUGCUUACUGACAUGUAUAUAUUUUCUGUCAUAUUCUCAGGGUGCAUUCGAGAAGAUAUUUUCCUUUUGGCCACUGUCCAAGUGUUUUGAACUGAAUGGGAAUGUCUAUGAAUGGUGGUUUAGGUGGAAGUUGGAUCGCUAUGUGGUUUUUCAUGGGAUGCUGUUUGCUUUUGUUUAUCUGGCAUUGCAGAAACGUCAGAUGAUAUCAGAAGGAAAAGGAGAUCCUCUUUUCUCCAAUAGAGUUUCAAAUGUUUUAUUAUUUAUUUCAAUUGUAUCCUUUUUGGCCUACUCUAUUUGGGCUAGUAGCUGUAAAAACAAGACAGAGUGCAAUGAGCUACAUCCUUCUGUUUCUGUGGUGCAGAUUUUAGCUUUCGUCCUCAUUAGGAACAUUCCUGGGUACGUCCGAUCUAUGUAUAGCUCAUUCUUUGCCUGGUUUGGCAAAAUUUCUCUAGAGCUUUUCAUUUGUCAAUACCAUAUUUGGCUGGCAGCAGACACAAAGGGGAUCUUGGUGCUUAUCCCUGGAUAUCCAAUGUUUAAUGUUCUUGUCAGCACUUUCAUAUUUGUGUGUGUGGCACAUGAAAUUUCUCAGAUCACCAAUGAUCUGGCACAGAUUGUGGUUCCUAAAGAUAACUCAACUCUGCUGAAAAGGUUGCUAUGCGUAGCUGGAUUUUUCUCCGGACUACAUCUCUUUUCAGCAAUGCAAGAUCAGUCAAGGCAUUGACUUGGAAAGAUUCUUGGAAACUUUCUUCAGGUUU